AUGACACCGUGGUCCCCGGAACACGAUGAGCCGGAUGUGUCCCCGGAAUCACCCGUCGAUGAUGUAGAGCGCUCCAGUCAGGCCGCAGAUGGGAGGUCACGUAACGGAUCACCGGUAGAAGCGCGGGGACUGACAGCGGAGGAAAUCAUUCAUCCGGACCCAGCAGAACCGUGUACGCCGCUGAAUCAGACUGAGCCUAUACCGAACAACGGACCUCGGAAAAGGGAACACCGUAGAAGGCUCAUUUCAACCAGCAGCAGCAGGAGCAGUAGUAGGAGCAGCAUCUCAGUAGGAUUCUGGGCAGACAAGAAAACAAACAGCAGAGGUCGCUGCUAUCAGCAGGUGGCUUGUUGUUUGGGGAUUCUUUGUGUCAUUUUGCUGUUGGGCAUCAUAGCAGUCUGUGUCUACGAAAACCAGAACCUGACAUCACAAAAGAAGCAGUUGGAGACGCAGAGGAACUACUUAACGGAACAGAUACGGAACAUGAAGUGGAAUGAGUUCAACAUCAGUCGAGCUCAGUGGAGCAUUGAUGCCUACUGCACAAAAUCAAACCCAAGACAGUGUAACGCUUUUCAGGUUGGCUGGAUAAACUCAGAAUCCAGCUGCUAUGUGAUUUAUAACGCUGAUGUUUCUGGUCAGAAAACCUGGGAAGAAGCUCAAGAAGAUUGCAGAGGAAAGAUUUCAGAUCUGGUUGUUAAAUUUGAUCAAACGGAGAAGGUAAUGUGA